GAAACCACCUUCGAUUUUCCUCGCAAAAUCAAUUCAUCUUCUUCCCCUUGAUUUUCCUCACUUCUUUCUCUUCCAAAUUUGGUCCAUGGUUUUAUCCUCUAUUUGAUUUCAAAAGUAUAGCUGGAAUUUUUUCAAUUUUCUAAGCUGGUUUUUGUUUGAUUAUUUGGUGAUUGAGGUGGUUGAUAUGCAUUUCCGGACUGGGAUCUUGACUCGGUGUACAGGUGUUUUGCUCUAUGAGUUCCACUACUGUUCUAAUCUUAACAUGAAUCAGUUUCUUCUAAGGAUGAUUCAAGCUGAAAAACUUGAUUUCACUGCCUUUACAAGUAUUUUUUUGGUUUUCUUAUUGUGUGGAACCAAGAGUCUCUUUUGGGUUUUCUUGUUCUGUGUUGAUGGGUUCACCAAACCCAAAUCUGGAGAUUGGGAUGAUAGGUAGUUUUUUUUUUUUAUUAUUGAAUAAUUUUUACGGAUUAUUUGGAGAAAUUUUGUAUGAAAUCUUUAAUUUGUUGAAAUAUCUUGCAAUGUUGUUGUUAGUGCUCAAUUUGGCUUUGAUCUUGUUGGCCAAUUGAGACUUGUAGAGUGUUGAGUUCUUACGAUGAUUUUGAUGAUAACAAAACUAUUGCAAAAACGUCUAAUGAAUCUUGUGCUAGUCC